GAUAAUCUAUAUCUUUGGGUCGAUAUUAUAUAACGGUUGAUUGUGAUUGAAUCAUAGAAUCCAAGGCAGUUGUGCUUAAUUCUCCUGAAGACUUUGAGAAAGACAAAGCAGUGUACAAAGAGAACAAAAAACACACCAUUUUGUUUGAAAUGGAAGUAGAAGAGGCUAAUCCCAUCUCUACUGUUGAAUAUGGAGGAGCCCAUUUGUUGAAAGAUCAACCCAUUUCAAAUGAUGUGAUAUUGGAUGAAUUUCACUUCGACUCUGUUUUCCCACCUACAGAGCUUGCGCAAAUCCCAACCAGAGAUCCAUCUUCUUUAGCUUCUUUUGAGCUGCUAAGAAAGUAUGGAAAUGGGUUCAAGAAGUUGAAGGGGGAAAUUAUAUUAAGCGACAAAAGUGCUCAUGAAAGUACUCCUGCUGUCAGCCACAGAUUGUCAACCGAAGAAAUCAUGAGGGUGGCCGGAGCAAGGUACGUACAAUUCCCGACCCAGAUGUCCGAUGAUUAUUUAAUGCCCGGGCAUCCUUUUGGUUUUGCCCUCUCGGCCGCCGGUCUGUCGGAGGAUGAGACGAGAGAUGUGGAGCUUGCCCACCUUCUUCUUGCCGCGGCUGAGAAGGUGAGCUACCGACAAUAUGAUCGUGCGAGCAGACUGCUUUUACGCUGUGAAUGGAUUUCGUCUGCCAAAGCUAAUCCUGUCCAGAGAGUUGUUUUUCGUUUUGCUGAAGCGCUUCAAGAGAGGAUCGAAAAGGAAAUAGGAAGGGCCACAGGGAAGGGAGUAUUUGAGCCAAAUAUUGAUGAAAUCUUUCAGGGUUUUAUCAUCAGUAGCCAUCUCCCAUUCCUUACGGUUUACAAACAGAUUCCUUUCACGCAAAUCUUGCUGUUCACAGGAAUCCAAGCCAUAGUGGAGAAGAUAGCAUUCCAGCGUAAAAUCCAUUUGAUAGAUAUCGGAAUCAGGUGCGGAGUCCAGUGGACAAUCUUGAUGCAGGCUCUAGCGGAGAGACGUGAUUGCCCCAUUGAGCUUCUUAAGAUAACUGCUGUCGGAUCAACAGGAAUAGAGGAGACAGGCAAGAGGUUAGCAAAUGUUGCCGAGUCCUUGAACUUGCCCUUUUCGUUUAAGCCAGUUUUAUUACCAGACAUGAAUGAUGUCAAGGAUGAAUUAUUCGAAACUGAAGAUGAUGAAUAUGUCAUCAUUUUCGCUCCACAUAUUCUGGGGACAAUGAUCUCAAGGCCUACAUGCUUGGAAAACUUGAUGAGAGUGAUAAGAAAUCUCUAUCCGUCGAUCAUGGUUGUCAUUGAAACCGAAGCAAACCAUAAUUCACCCUCUUUUUUGAAUCGCUUCAUUGAAGCUCUGUUCUUCUAUAGUGCAUAUUAUGACAGCUUUGACACUUGCCUGAAACAAUACGAUGCUGACAGGAUGAGAAUGGAGACAGUUUUUGGUGAUGCGAUUCGAAACAUUGUUGCAGAGGAGGGUGCAGAAAGGAAUAUUCGAAAUGUUACGAUGGAUGUUUGGAGGGCAUUCUUCGCAAGGUAUAGGAUGGUGGAAAUUGGGUUUAGCGAGGCAGCCUUGAGCCAAGCUAGUUUGGUUGUCAAACGGUUUGCUUGUAGGAGUUCUUGUACAAUUGAUAAGAAUGGGAAAUGUGUAAUUGUUGGGUGGAAAGGAAGCCCAAUUCAUUCCCUCUCGCUUUGGAAGUUCCGCUAGAGAGAUUGAAUAACAUUUCAAUCUCAUAUUGAAAAGAUGAAUAACUUACGUAGAAUAAGUAGAUCAUAUAUAAUGACACUCAUGCAUGAGUGCUGGUCGUAUAUUGGUUCUUUACUAAGUGAGAUUGUGAUUUAUAAAUGAUUAUAAGUGAUUCUCUCUCGAUUAUUACAGAGGAGGAUCCGAGCAUGCAUGUGAGAUCGAGUAGGUGUGUUUCUGUAAA